AUGCAGUUCGGGGCGUUGGACAACGCUUAUAACGCGUCACAUGAGCCCAUAAAGGGCUUCAGCAGGCACCGACUGAACGGGGCGCACAAGUUCAACAGGGAUGAGCACUUCAUCUACUUGCGCCAGUACGAGCGAAGCAGCGCUUCGGGCGGGAAGGGGUCGUCCACAUCUUCAGGGACAAAAGGAGCUACGGCUGCACAGCAGCAGAUGCUCACUGCCGCGAAGCUGCGGAGGAACGCGGCGAUGAUCCCACCCCCCAGCGACGCCCACGUUAGACGUCGAAUACGCAAGCUUAGCAUCGCAGCUGCGUGUGGAGCGACGCUGAUGUUUGCAGCGGCGACCACCAUUGGCAUUUACUGGUAG